GGUUAUUAUUUGAAAAUCAGAAGUUUGUAUUUCUAUAGAAAACUCUUUAUAAGUAGUAAAUGAUAAUAUUUUAAAAAUUUGAAAAAGUAAUCUUUAAAUGUAUUUGAACAUUUCUAAAAUCAUAUUUUGAAUAACUGCAUUACUGUAGAGAAAAGGAACUGAAGAGUAUGUUUGGUGAAUCACCCUGUAUCUAAGUUCACAAAUACUGCAAUAGAGGAAUGCAUUUUUUCCCACGUGUUUUCGUCUCCAAAGCAAUUAUAUAAUAUACAAUUUUGAUCCAAACCAUCUCGACGCGGAAUAAAUACAUUUACACUGGGGACAUGCACGGCUGGUUUAUCGCAUCGUGUCGUGUCUCGUGUGUACAGGUAUCGUACAUAUCUCGUAUAUAAUUCGUAUAUUGUGGUGUUCGUGUACUGCCAUCACGCCGUGAUGUUUUGAAAUAUUUCGAUUUCGCGUUGUUAUUGGAUUAGUCUGAAAAACGUAUGAAACAAAUAACAAUGUCACGAUGGUUUUAUAUUUUUAUCUUACACCGUUUGGGACAGAUAUGGCUAUAUAUAUGCGUGCGACCAUUCACAAGGGGUUUAGAGUGACAUAAAAUGGCAAAAGGUAUAUACUGUCGUUCCUAUAUUUCACUUUAUGUGGUACGCAAGUAGUUUCGUAGGUACUGUACAAAAAUUUAUUCGGUUUAAGGAAUGUAGAUCGUUCAUUAUAAUUUUCCAAAUAAAAGACAAUUUUUCUAUUUUAUUAGUUCAACAAAUUAAAUCAUUUCCUUUAAUAGCAAUGAAAUAGACACACCAAUUCCUGAACGUGAAAUACAUCUUACAUUAUGUGGAGUGUGGCACGUGGAUGGCGAGGCAAUAGCUCAAUAUUUUUUAUUAAACUAAAAAUAUAUUUGUAGGUACAUAUUAUAAAUUAUAAUAAAUAUCAAUAAAUCUAAAACGACAUAAUUUCAAAAAUAAGCAAUUAGCUAUUUUGGACGAAAUAACUUUCUUAUGAUUGAAAAUUCAGCCGAUCAGUAUACCUCUUAGAGAAUAAGUUUCAGGGGACGCUUCUUAAACGCAACGAGAGGUGUGUGGGGACGAGUCUCCUUUCGCCUCAUACCUCACCACAAAUUUAACCACUGGCACAGGACGGCGCCGUAUACGCAGCGGUGCGCGUACCUAAACAUGUAUUUAUGUAUAAUACAAGGCAAUUUAUUCUUUCGGAUUUUUCGGGCUGCUAACCUCAGUGUUAAACAUAUUAUUAUCAGACCCUCUCGCCGUGAAAUUUUAAUGGAUUUCCGCCCGCGGCGUGGCUGUGCCCGUCUCGUGUGAUAUAUCGGAAGUUGGGACGUUGGGUCGUCAUCGCGUACACGCAAUCCGAUUUAUAUAAAUGGUCUCGUGUCUACCAUCAAUAUUUGGCCGCGUUCUGAGUACGACAUGAAACCCGAUCGAAGAGGGCGUUCUAUUAGCAAAAACAUUCUAGAGUGCAUUAUUAAUUUGUUUCAGUAGAUUAAACGACAGUCACGAACGUCGGACGACCGUAAAAUCAUAACAACUACGCAACGAGCGUGUAUUAUAUAGUUAUCCACACGAUACUGAGAAACAGCAGCAGCAGCAGCAGCAGCAGACCAGCGUUUGCUUAAAUCUUCGGCUGGCAUGGUACGGCGUGUUCCAUACUUCUAUAUGCCGAUGAAUGGGAGCGUGACAGCGCGCGGUGUACUGAUGCAGUGGCCGUCGUAAUUACGACGAUGAGUGAAUAAUAUAGCUUUGGACGCGUCGGGCGAUAUAGUGCACCCGAUUAUCGAGGGGCGGUCACCUUCGUGGGCACUCCGAACCAUGGAAAUCCGCGUAUCAUACGUCGCCGUAGUGUUCACCUGUUGCUGUGGCUGGCUGUCCAGCGUACGAGGCCACGCGAUUGACUUUAAAACCAUGCCCAUGACCCUACUGAAUGCCACCAAUUUCAUUAUGCGACACCAGAAGUAUUUGCUGCAAGACGACGAACGCGCGACUGACAUACAGGAAUCGAGUAACGAAGUGAACAUGAAUAUUGAUGAGAACGUAGACGGCUUUGUUAACAGCCCUUUAGUUUUAACUACUGAAGUGUGCAACCCGAGAAAAUGUCAAGCCGGUAAAAUGGAAGGAGUGUGUAUUAGCGGCGAAUCGUGUUUCAAACACGGUGGUCAGACCGGAAACCCUUGCAACGGAUCGAGUAAUCUGAUUUGUUGCACAUUUAUACUUACGUGCGGUGACGUCUCCAGUCAAAAAGUGACGUACCUGCAGUCCCCUGACAAUUUAAAAAUGGAUACGGGCAGUUUGGCAUGUGAUUAUGACGUAAUGGUUCAAAAGGAUACGUGUGCCGUCCGUGUGGAUUAUGAAAAAGUGAAUCUCGCCAGCAAGAUAGGAGGAGUAUGUGACAUAGAUCAAGUUUACAUUUUGAAUUCCAACGAUGGACCAACGACGGGUCAGUGUGGGGCAUUGACUGGUUACAGCACUGUCGUUGCUGUGAAACCUAACCAAGAAAAACCUUUGAAAAUAGCAAUGGUUGUUCAGAGUGAACCGACCGAAUAUUGGCUGAUCAAAGUGUCGCAAAUAGGUUGUUCCGAAAUAAAACCACUCAAAGAAUCACCCGACUGCGGUCUGAGAUCCGUCCAACAAAUGAACGACGACAACUUCGACGAUCAAUCACCGCACCUGACGCCGUCAUUAGAGCCCGGACGUUGCGGCGGCAGUGGUGGUAGUGGCGGUACUAGUGACAAGGGUAUCAGUGGUGGCAAUGGCGUCGGUGGCAGCGACGGUGCCGGCAACGCUAUGAGCCAACGGCUUAAGCGUCGCUCUGCGGUCCGUGGCGGCGUGCACGAGGUCCUACAACCGUGGCGAAUGAGCCGGUCUGGACGUCACUUCGGGUCAGCUAGAGAACGGUUGCACACCGUGCGGCGCGAAGAAUUCAGGGACGGCGACAACCGGAGGAUUAUUGGCAGCGACGAGGCGGACAUUGGCGAGCACACCUGGCAAGUGGCCAUCGCCUUGGACGGGGUGUUCUUCUGCGGUGGUGCGUUGAUCGCCGAUCGAUUCGUCAUCACCGCUGCCCACUGUGUCAUGACACGUGACACGCCGAUGGACAACUUGAUGGUGCACCUGGGCGACUACGAUUUGACUGCGGAAAACGAAACCGAACACCAGGCUCGGAAAGUGUCUCGCGUGCUGUUCCACUCUCAUUUCCAUCCGUUCUUAUUGGCUAACGAUAUAGCGCUGUUACAGCUCGACCAGCCCGUCGCCGCUAGCGACACCGUUCGGCCCGUGUGUUUGCCGUCCACCGACGGCGAGUCGUAUGUGGGCCAAAAAGGCACUGUCGUGGGAUGGGGGAUCACUGCGUUCCCGGCGGGCGAUCCGAGCCCCACGUUGCAGAAACUCUCCGUGGAAGUCCUGUCAAACUUCCAGUGUUCCCGCGUCAUCGACGAUCAUGUAGGUCUGGGCAUGCUGUGCGCCGCUGCGCCAUCGUUGCAGGGGACGUGUUUCGGUGACAGCGGUGGCCCCCUGACCGUGGAACGGGACACCGGAAGAAACGUUUUGAUCGGCCUGGUGAGUUAUGGCGUGACGGGCUGCGCGGUCAAGCCCGCUUUUCCCGACUUGUACACCAGAAUAUCCGAGUACGCCAAAUGGAUUGACGUCAGCACCUCGUAGUAAUAAUAAUACUAAUGAAUAAUGAUAAUAAUAAGAUAAUUAUAAUGUAGUACACAGUCGUCGAGCACACAGUUUCAUAUAUUUUAUAAUAUUAUAUUCAUAACGAUAAAACACCUGUUCGAUAGGCGGUGACAUGAUAACAAUAUUAUUAUAUUACCUCGACACAGACUAAGAACACACUGUAGUCACCAUACCUAUAUGCAUAUUUUGUUUAUGAUAUUAUUAUUACAAUUCAUGAGAACCUUUCAUAUUAUAUACGUAUAAUAUAUGAACUAUAAUAUACCAGUCAUCGCUUACACCGUCCUUUGCCCUAUAUGUAUAAUGUAUAUUGUAUGAUUUAUUAUUUCUGCCCAGACGUGCACAUGUGCCGCCGCGAUCUCGACGGCAGAAAUAAUUUGUUUAUUAGCAUAAUUAUUAUUAUUUUUGAUCCCAAUUUCAAAAACAGACGUAACAAAUUGCGUGUUAUGCUUGUGCUUAAAUUAAAAUAACACACAAGUUCCUAAUCCUAAUGGCCAGUGAGAAAUACCUCAUCACCAGUUGCAAUGUACAACUUGCGCCACUUGUGGUGUUAAUCUAAUAGUAAAACACAUAACAACAGAAUGCUAUCCAAUUCAUCAACAACCACAAAAAAUAUAACAUUCCACCCAACAUUGAACGAACCAUUAGGCUCCGACACAAUUAACGGCUGCAUACAAACUGAGUCCCAAUAAAACCUUUUAGAAAGAAUUGAGUCCCGGGUUGUUUGAGGGUAUGUACUAAUUGAGUCCAUGUUUUCAUACUAACCGAGUCUCGUUAAACUUUAAAAAAUUAUUUUCCUUCUAUUUUUACUGAUUUAAAAAUUGUUUUUUUUUAAUAUUCUAUUAUUCAAAAAUAUGCAAAAUUUAAACCUUAAAUAAUAUUUAUGUAAUCACUAUAUAAUUGUAAAACCUUUCCGCCAUUCUACCUAUAUCUUAAAAGUAAUACACUUUGUUGUUGAUAAUCUUUUAAGUUCAUUAAAAACACAUAUAUAUUAUAUAUAAUAUAUAAUAAUUUAUAUCAUAAUAAAUAUACUAUACAUGAACGCGUAGAACCGUAUCAAUAAUAAGUUUGUGUUGUAACAAUGUCUUACACAUUAAUAUUAAAUUCGAAAAUUGUACCUAUACGGAAAUACUAGAUACAGAGUUCCAUGAUGAAAUUACACUGUGAACUCGUGAUGUGUGAACAUAAUAUUAACAGCAAAGUUUGACAGCUUGCAAUAUUUUUCAAAGUCGUAAGUCUAUAUACAUCAUUAUUUUGGAGCUUAAUAAAAUAACAUUGUAUCGAACAUAUUAUUACCUAUAUAUCAUAUAUUAUUAUGGAUGUUUUAAAUUGUAUGAGUAAAAUCAAUACAUUUUCCUGUUAAUUUUGUAUUUACCGUUCAAUUAAUUAUAUUAAGUAGAUACCUAUAACUAUUUGAUUAAUUUAACCAUUUUAGAUUUAAAUUAUAAAUUGUAUUUAGAAUCGUUUUUAUUUUGUUUAAUUAUUUA